UCAUCGACGCCACAGGCUGUUUUCAAAGGUAUUCGUUGCUUUUUUUAAGGCAACAUUAAAACCCGUGUGUGUCUGUGCAUUCAGUUUACGUAUGUAUGAUCGAGCAUUAACACUCAAGUAAACGGCUCAUCAAGGAGCUGUGAACUCUAUUACCAGAGUUAUUUUAGUGUAACCGUUCACCCCCACCCCGCCUCUGACACUCCCCCUCCAACAAGUCUGCCUCGGCUGCCUGGCUGUGACACACAUUCUCCCCACAUGAAUCGCUCUGUUGCUCGCUCUCUUUCUCUCUCUCUCUCACGGGCCACACAUGGACUAAAAGUUAGACAAGCUGGGAAAAGGCGUGGAUGGUCAUUUAUCUGCUUCCAUCAGCCACUGCAGAGGGACAUUGAAAAGGGAACCCACAAGCGGUGGGUUGUCAUGGACACCUUUUUCCGCCGGCACUUUAGACUGAAAGGGGCGGAACAAUGCCAAUACAGACGGCCUGGCGUGGCAGUGCCCACAAGCAAGGCUCGCCGGCGCUCCAGUGUAGGACUGCCCUCUGCUGGCCUGGUCCAACGUAGACGCUCUAGUGUGGGACUGCCAUUCACAGGUCCUGUCGGACGCAGAAGGUCCAGUGCAGGCUUGUCGCCGACUUCUCAAUCCCAACGAAGACGCUCCAGUGUUGGCCUGCCGUCAGGUUAUGUGGGCCGUAGGCGCUCCAGUGUGGGCUUGGCCUGCGCUGCUCACCAACAACGCAGGCGCUCCAGCGAGGUGCAGGGGUUACCCCACUGUUAUUAUGGAGGAGGGCAGCUAGUGAAGACCAGAUACUACACCAGGCGUCGCUCCAGCACCACCAUGGUCUGUGUCAAUCCCCGCUUCUCUGUCCGCCGCCGGCAAGCCGCCAAGCUCCGCACCAUCGACACCCAACUGCUGGGGCCUUCCAUGCUGCUGGCCAGCCUGGUCCAGAUGAGUGCGGAGCAGCAGAGAGCACCAGGGGCGCAGGGUGGGGAGGGGGCAUCAGGAGAGGGCACUGAGAGCUGCCCAUCCUCCUCGUGCUGCUCCGAGUCCGAGGGUGACAGCUGCAGUCAGAGAGAGUGUAGCACCAGGUCAGAGGGCAGCGGGAGUGAACAAGAGGGGACUGAGGCAUCAUCAUCAUCAUCAUCAUAUCCAGAGGGAGAGAGGACGUCUCCAUGGCAGGACUGGAAUCAGGCUCAUAGUAUGGCAGCCUUGACGAUGGAGAGCAUCCAGUCCCGGCCCCUGAUCCGCGCCCCACGCUGCCUGCGCCGUAACUCCUCCCACCUGCUGCCGGCAGAGGCGGUGCACCGUAGCAGGGCGGCCUACGGUGUGCACGGGCGCUACCGACGCUCCAGCCAGUUACGGAGGCCUUCCACCGUCUCCAACAGCGCCAGGCUAGUCCCCGCACCCAGCCGCAGGAGCUCUAUAGUGGCCCGCCACUCCUCCCGUUCCCUGUAUAGGAACUGUUCCGCUUGCUGGAAACCCAGGGGCCGCAGGGAGUCCCUCAGCCCCCUGCAGGGCAUCUACUACGACCCCCGCCUGGAGACUUGGAGUGGAUUCGUCUCGAAGGCCAUCGCUAAAUCGGGUCUACAGCACCUGUCUGCCCAGCCCAGUGCCUCAGCCCUGGCCAAGUUUGACCCGGACAGGGAGAUCCGGAGCAGCUGUGACUGGACCGAGAACGCCCUGUAUGGGGAGCACAUCUGGUUUGAGACCAAUGUCUCUGGGGACUUCUGUUACGUCGGAGAGCAGCACUGCUUCGCCAAGACACUGCAAAAAUCUGUAGCCCGGAAAAAGUGUGCAGCCUGCAAGAUAGUGGUUCACACAAUCUGCAUAGAACAGCUAGAAAAGUUAUUCGACACCGAGACUAUGCCCUAUGACGACAGCCUGCUUAUCGAAGACCCCACCUUUGGAAUAAACUUUAGGUGUAAACCGUCAUUCAGGGAAUCGGGGUCUAGGAAUAUACGAGAGCCCACCGUAGUGCGGCACCAUUGGGUCCACCGGAGGCGCCAGGAUGGGAAGUGUCGCCAGUGCGGGAAGGGUUUCCAGCAGAAGUUUGCCUUUCAUAGCAAAGAGAUUGUGGCCAUCAGCUGUUCAUGGUGUAAACAGGCAUAUCACAACAAGGUGUCCUGCUUUAUGCUGCAGCAGAUCGAGGAGUCCUGCUCCCUGGGUGCUCAUGCUUCUGUCAUCGUACCCCCUACCUGGAUUCUCCGGGUUCGCAGACCUCAGACCUCACUAAAGUCGAGCAAAAAGAAAAAACGGACCUCGUUUAAGCGCAAGUCCAGCAAAAAGGGAGCAGAGGAGGCGCGCUGGAAGCCCUUCAUAGUUAGACCCAUUCCCUCUCAGCUCAUGAGGCCGCUGUUGGUGUUUGUCAACCCAAAGAGUGGGGGAAAUCAGGGAGCCAAGAUUAUCCAGUCGUUCAUGUGGUACCUGAACCCUCGCCAAGUAUUUGACCUGAGUCUGGGAGGACCCAAGGAUGGGUUAGAAAUGUACCGUAAGGUGCAUAACCUGAGGAUACUGGCAUGCGGAGGGGAUGGCACGGUGGGCUGGAUCCUGUCUGCUCUGGACCAGCUCCAGCUGAACCCCCAGCCUGCAGUAGCCAUCCUGCCUCUGGGGACAGGCAACGACCUGGCCAGGACCCUCAACUGGGGGGGUGGUUACACAGAUGAGCCGGUGUCUAAGCUCCUGUCUCAUGUAGAGGAUGGGAACGUCGUCCAGCUCGACCGGUGGAAUCUAACAGUGGAGCCCAACCAGGAUGCUGGUGCAGACGAGAAGGAUGAGCAUCAGACGGACAAGCUCCCCCUCGACAUCUUCAACAACUACUUCAGCCUCGGCUUCGACGCACACGUGACACUAGAAUUCCACGAGUCUCGAGAGGCCAACCCGGAGAAAUUCAACAGCCGCUUUCGGAACAAGAUGUUCUAUGCAGGGACGGCCUUCUCGGACUUCCUCAUGGGCAGCUCCAAAGACCUAGCCAAACACAUCAAGGUCGUGUGCGACGGCACCGACCUCACCUCAAAGGUUCAGGAUCUGAAGCUGCAGUGCCUGGUGUUCCUCAACAUUCCCAGAUACUGUGCUGGUACCAUGCCAUGGGGCAACCCAAGCGAGCACCAUGACUUUGAGCCACAACGGCACGACGACGGCUGCAUUGAAGUUAUCGGCUUCACCAUGACCUCUCUGGCAACGCUGCAGGUCGGAGGUCACGGUGAGCGGCUGAACCAGUGCAGAGAGGUGACCCUCACCACCUACAAGUCCAUCCCCAUGCAGGUAGAUGGGGAGCCGUGCAAGCUAGCCCCCUCCACCAUCCGGAUCUCCCUGAGGAACCAAGCCAACAUGGUGCAGAAGGCCAAGAGGAGGACAUCUAUACCGCUCCUCAACGACCAGCAGCCCUUCCCGGAGAGGCUAAGGAUCCGGGUGAACCGUAUUAGCAUGCACGACUAUGAGGCCCUACAUUAUGACAAGGAGAAACUCAAAGAAGCCUCUAUCCCACUGGGACUUAUCGUUGUCCCGGGAGACAGUGACCUGGAAACAUGCCGCUCCCACAUCGAGAGGCUCCAAGAGGACUUCAUCUCCAUUCAUCCCUCCUUCAAUCGACUGGUGCUCCAGGAGGAUGAGGGAGCUAAACCAAAGACCCUUUCCUCGCAGAAGCUUUCGCCAAAGUGGUGCUUCUUGGACUCCACGACUGCAGAUCGAUUUUACAGAAUUGAUCGUGCUCAGGAGCACCUAAACUAUGUGACCGAGAUAUCCCAAGACGAGCUCUUCAUUCUGGACCCUGAGCUGGUCAUCACGGAGACGGUGAGCACCUCACCAGGGAUGCCUGAUCUGGUCGAUUCUUCUGGUGAACUCCCAGAGGCAUCAAGCAAGUUUGCCUUCCCGUCCUCCUCCUCUUCUCCUCCCCCCUCACCGGGACCCAGUCCCACCAGCCCACAAUCGGACAGCGAGGCCAUGGCCGUCAGACACAAGAAAUCCCACUUCUUCUCUCCCUCCGGCUUCCCCUUUCCUGUCAGGAAGAGGAUCACGGAGCUCCAGAAGACCACUCAGAGGAAGCGAACAUCCAGCGACAGCUCGGUGGUGGAGGCGCUGGCACACAGCGGCUCCCUCAGGUCCAGUAAGCCUGCCCUCACCAGGGCAGGAUGUAUCCAUCGAUCUAACACCACUGCAGCUGAUUUCAACCCAACAUUGAGGUCGGAGAAGAAUACACUGUGCAAUACAGACAAAGUAUCACCGGAAGUGUUGAUUGAAUGUGUGAAGCGCAAAGACCAUCUGAAGCUGAAGGAGCUGCACAAGCUGGGAGCUGACCUGUCAGUGCAGGACCCCCCAGGAUACACCCUGCUACACUAUGCUGUGGACACUGGUAGCAAGGAGACUGUCAAAUACAUCCUGGACAAUGCACCCACAGAUAUCCUGGAUGUAACAGAAAAAGAAAAUGGGGAGACAGUGUUGCACAAAGCAGCGUCACUGUGUCAGAGGACUAUCUGUCACUACCUGGUAGAGGCAGGGGCAUCCCUCAUGAAGACAGACUUACAGGGUGACACACCAAAGCAUCGUGCAGAGAAGGCCAAGGAUGCAGAGCUGGCUGCCUACUUGGAGAACCGGCAGCACUACCAGAUGAUCCAGAGAGAGGACCAGGAGACAGCUGUGUGACCUCCCUCUGCUCCCUGACCUCCAGCACCACUUCCCUAUCACCUAACCCUGUGCCAAAACUACUUUAGCUAAAAGAGGAAACUCACCAGAGAAGAUGGUUAAAAGAUAGCCAGUGUUGUAUUCUCCUGCUAGGGAGUUGGUUGGAAUCCUACUAGAUGAGAGACUCUUACGGUCCACCAUGUGAGAUGCUUGUGACCAGUGGACUUGAUUAUUGCACUGCCAAAAAAAAGCUGUUUUGUGUCGGAACGCUUGGAAGAAAUGGCUCUUCUGUUACAUUUUUUUCCUAGGUUGUGUUGCACUUGCAAUCCACCUAGACUGAAUGUUGAAUUUUGCUCCAGGGUUUUAGGACAGGAGCUAGGGUAAUUGAAUGUCUAGGUAAUUGUAUUGUUAUACUCUCCGAUGGAGCUGUAUCUCUCUGUGUCUAUGAAAGCAGCAUGAGCGUUUCAACUGUACGGAUCACAAUGAAUCAGUAGAUUUCAAAAGGGUAUGAACACUCUGAUCUGUAGGCCAGCUGUCUUUAAGGCUACCAAAAAUGACAUUAUUUUGAUUACGGUUUUAUUUGUUUGUUGUACAGUAUUAUAAUUUGUUGACUGAUUUGUCCACCCAUAAUGCAGUGUGAUGGUAUCAAACUAUCCACAAAAGUGGGGAAUUUUACACGUAAUACUUUUCUCAUCACCAAACAAUUUGAAUUGAGUAAAUCAAUAUUGUUCUACUUUAUGAUCACUUGGCAAAUUUCUUUUAUUUCUUAGUUUUAAUAAGGAUAUUUGGUACUGUACACUUAUCGUAGUAGCUCUGUGUUAAAGCAGUUUAUGCACUGCAGCUCCAAUUGCCUUGAUUUUCUUAUUUUGUUGGCUGAUUAGUUUGUAUUUAAUGUACUUAAUUAAGUCAUGGUGUAUUUUUAUUGCAUUUUUAAGCAGAUUGAUGUUUAUAUAAUUUGUACAUACUAUAAAUUUAAAAAUGUUUUGUGUUUGGUCAUUAUUUACUAUAAAAAUUUGCAUUUGAUAUGUAUUAGUUUCAGAACUACAAAGCAUUUCUUCUCUCAUGUUGUUACAGAAGUCAAAGGCGUAUUUAUUCACCUCAACAUUUUUUACAGAUUUGUAACAUUUAACUGCUUUAUGUUCGGCAAACUCAAACAUGUUCUGAAGGUUUGAGUUGUACAUUUACAGGGUGGAUGUUGUUUUUUUUACAUACAAAAAUAAUAAUUUGUCUUCAUACAAACCAAUCAUUUGUGGUUGCUAUUUAUUUUCCAUAGUUAUAAUCUGUUAAAAUAUGACUGGCCAUUUAAACCAGCAAUAUAAUUCAACAUAAUUUAUAAAGACCUGUGAUUAAUUUAAAUGGUGUUCAUGUUAUAUUGUGUAGAGAGUGAGGGGAAGGAAUUAGUCUCAUUCCAAAAGCUAUCCUACAGUAUAACUAGUUUAUAAUGUAGCACCACAGUAACUGUGGAUCUACUGUAUUUUGAAAUGAGUUGUUUCUCUGGAUGUUUUCUCUUAUUAUUUAAUCACUAAACAUCCUUGUAAAACAUACUCGUAAACACAUUAACAAGGUACACUUUCAUAUACACAUUUUUACUUGAUUGUGUUUGUUGUCAGAAGUUUAUAGUUUUGACCUUCAAACAACCCAUAAUGCCAACUAAGAUGCAUUUCAUUGUAAAUAAUUGCUGUUCUCUAUUAUGGCCAGAUACAUGAAUAAAUGUAGCACUGAAUCA